AAGUCAGUCAGCGUGCAUGCAAUAUUGUGCAGGAGCAGCAGACUCCCCGCAGGGAUCCCCAGGGUUACACACACUGCUGUUUAAGAUGGCUGACAGAAAGGAGUAACUUAGUGAACGGUGCUGCAAACACUCUGUGAACAUCCAGCAAGUGUCUCGGGCACUAAUUACGAUACAAUGGAGCAAGAAUUUGAAGACAUUGAUUCGUCCGGGAGAUGGCAAAACCUUUACAAUGAGAUCCGUAACCAAGCCAGUGAAUAUCCUUACAAAGUAGCAAAGCUUCCAGUGAAUCGGAAUUUGAACCGCUACAGAGAUGUCAGCCCAUAUGAUCACAGUCGGGUAAAACUUGAAAACUCGGAAAAUGACUACAUCAACGCAAGUUUAGUCAUGGUGGAAGAAGCCCAAAGAGCUUACAUUCUUUCUCAGGGGCCUUUGAGGAAUACUUGUGGCCAUUUCUGGCUGAUGAUUUGGGAGCAAUGUUCCAAAGCUGUUAUAAUGCUCAACAGAAUCAUUGAAAAGGGAUCUGAAAAGUGUGCACAGUACUGGCCCACCACAGAGGAGCAACCGAUGUCUUUCACAGACACUGGGUUUGUUGUCAGGCUUCUUUCAGAGGAAGACCAAUCCUAUUAUACAAUCCGAGUGCUGGAACUGCAAAACACAAUGACGGGGGAGUCGAGGGAGAUCUACCACUUUCACUACACCACGUGGCCUGACUUUGGUGUCCCAGAAUCUCCGGCCUCCUUCCUCAACUUCCUCUUCAAGGUUCGGGAGUCCGGCUCGUUGGGUGCGGAGCAUGGGCCCUCAGUGGUGCACUGCAGCGCUGGGAUUGGACGUUCGGGGACACUCGCCUUGGUGGACACCUGCCUGGUCCUGAUGGACAGGAGGAUGAACCCAUCAUCGGUAGACCUACAGAAGGUGCUGCUGGACAUGAGGGAAUACCGCAUGGGCCUGAUCCAGACCCCCGACCAGCUCCGUUUCUCCUACAUGGCUGUCAUCGAGGGAGCCAAGCUCACCUUGACAGUCGACUCAGCAGCCCAGCAGAACAAGCAGAUAGUGAUGUCCAGAGAUGGAUUGCAGCCAGAUUUGCCACCUCCACCACCUCCACCCAGACCUCACCUCAACGACAGCAGGCCCAACGGUCAGCCAGGACCCUGUGUGGAGGCCGCCUCAGGAGACCACUUGCCGGCAGGAGACCACUUGCCGGCAGGAGACCACCCGCCGGCAGGAGACCACCCGCCGGCAGGAGAACCAGACAGCCAGGACCACAACGUGGCAGACGACUCGGGGCCUGUCAGAAAGCGACACCGUGAGGAGAGGAUUGCCAGCACCUCCCAGAAGGUCCAGCAGAUGAAACAGAGACUGACGGACUCAGAGAGGAAACGAGACAAUUGGCUGUACUGGAGACCCAUUCUGCUCAACGUCGGCGCCGGAGCAGCGGUGGCUGUGGGCCUGCUGGUGUGCUGGAUGUACUCCCAGUGAAACACUCUGGGUCACUUUAAACUGACUCCUAUUUUGCACCAGUACCUGGGAUUAGGUACUUCUCUAAGUAGAUGUAGAUGGUAAUAUGUGCAUAACUGAGGGUAUUUAUUUCUUAAGGUCAAAAUGCGGGAGUGCUAGAUCAAAUGAUUGUGUGUAUAUUUUUCAUGUAAGAUCUUAACAAAAAUAGUAACAUCUCAGGAUCUUGGUGCCAGCACGAUGAUUUUAUUUUCUUUCCUUCUUGUCACUUGAAUGUACUGUAUCAUUGCAAAUCGCUUUGAAAGAAAAUUUACUGAAGGUGCAGUACAAAGCAAAAAAAUAAUUCUGACAGGUUUGUCUUUGCAUUCUUUAUUUGUAAUGGUCAGAUGUGUGUAGAUCAUCUGUGGACACAUGUUACAUUUGGCAUUUUAAAAUGACUUGUGUUGACUGUCCAUCCUACCAUAGAUAUGUAAGAAGACUCCAGAGGUCAGCUAUGCGAAUUUAUUUUGUUUGUUUUUCUGCAAUGAAAGGUGCAUAUCAUGCAUGCAUUUAGAGGUUUUCCAGAGCACCACUUGUUCUUCCAUUCACAUUUAGCAGGGCAUCCCAAUACGGCCAGAUAUAUAUUUUUUUGUGACUGGACACUUCAUAGGGAGCUGCCUUGCUGAUGUUUCAAACUGCUAGAAUGUUAAUCUUUUUAUUUCCUGUUAUAUGAGCACCUUUUUUCACUGGUUUUGGUUUUCACAUGGAUCAUAUAAGCUGUCAGGUCCCUCACCGCUUAGUGCGUGUAUUUAUCCACUGGAUGGGUUCAUGUGUGUAUGUUCAGGUUAUCCCACUGUUGUUUUUUAGGAAACCAAAGCAAAACUGUCCGAUUUUGGAAGGUAACAGCCAGGAAAGCUGUUCAGUGAUGAAAUCUUGUACUCCCAUGUGGAAUGUAUUGUCUGUUGGAUCUCUGACAUAACUAAAAAUCUUCAUUACAAAUCCAUAGUCAUAGUAGCUUUGCGUUGCGUGUGACUUCUUAAUUUGAACCCAUCGAAUCACCACAUUGGGUUUCCAUUGACUAGGACCAAUCUAAAGCUAUAAUAGUGCAAUUUAGAAGUUGAAGCAGAGCAAAUAGAUUAAAUUCUAGUAAGGAGAGAGCGAUCGCAUACACGUUUGUACCUAUUUGUUUGCUGGUUGAAAUAGCUUUUAAUGUGCCUUGAAGUGAGUUAAAUGGAAAAAGAUGUGUGCUCCAAGGUACAGAUAAAGGCUUAUGUGAGCUGUUAGUUACCACAUAACAUGAGUAACAUGUUAGCACUGCAUUGACAGGUAUGUAGUAACUAGAGGUGUGAGACAGUAAAUUGUAUCAGAGUUGAUUGUACACCUAAUGUGUCAUUAGCAUGUACUGACUUCUGAGAUAAAAUGGUGUGGUGCUGUUUGGCUAGUUACCACUGUUGAACAUUGCUUUUACUCAGUUCUCAUUUAAUCCAGAAGAGACACGUUUGACCAUAACAUUCCAUUCAUUCUUGUUUUCCACGUAAGAUUUCAGGGGAGUUUUGUACACUGCUGAGCUGCAGUGAGAACAUGAGAGAUGGCGUUUUGAAAAAGAAAAUCAAAUAAAACAUUCAUCUUUUUUUACCAAA